AUAAACCCAAUUUGUAUUACACUGAAGAAACUCUGUCAAGCAUCAACUCAGUGUAGACAUUGAUUUAAUGGCUACAUAAUUGCACCAAAUGUCAAAUUUUAUAGCCUAUGUGCGCACGUGUGUUAUGGUGUGUGUGUGCGUGCGUGUAACAACUCCUUGAGGGUAUGAUCCUAACUAGCCCCCCAAAUAAGCCUUACUCAGCUUGGCCAGUGAGGCAGCACAUAUCAAGAGAGCUGCUGUGACACUGAUAGAGUUCAAGUGAUCCUUCACACCCACAUCCACACAAACACACCCACACUGGCCACCUCUAAUCUCUGUGUUCUGCUCUCUCCUCUAUACAGAGCCAAGAUGAACUCCAGUGAUCCAGGGUUCAACAUCUCCUCAGUCUCCUCCUUUGCAGAGUCCAAUAAUGUCUCCAUGUCCCUUUCUCCUAUCUUUACUUCCCUCUCUCCCCCGCUCUCCACCUCCUUCUCUCUUUCCUUCUCCACCCCUCUCUCUCUAUCCCUCUCCACCCCAAUCUCUCUGUCCCCACUACCUCAUGACCCUGCCCUGACCAUCAUGGUGGUACUGGGUCUGUUUGUCCUGUUUGCACUUGUUGCAGCCUGCCUGGCCAUCUGCAGGCCGUCCUCAACCCAAGAGGGGAGAUUCGAGGGGGGCUGCAGCCCAGGAGAGGCCCUGGCUUGCGGAUCUUCUCUUUCCAGCGAGCCCCAACUGAAGCUGUGGAAGAGGCUGGGCUCCUACCGCCGUUCCUACUCCUGCUCCUACAGGAAACCGCCACAGCGCAGGCCCGAGUUGGACCCUGCCAACACCCAUGUCACCCUGGUCCGACCACAGGCCGACAGCAUCCCCCAGCAGCCCCACCUCACCAUGCCCUGCCUGUUUGACUUUGUCACAGAAAUAUGACAGGCCCCACCUGAGGAUGACUCAACUCACACAUGUGAUGCUUCCCUGUGAACAGCAAGUUCAGAACACUGCAGAGCGACACUAAUAUUUGACAAAGCUUUGAUGAGGCCAUCUUAGAUUCAGUCCUCAGCUCUUUUCAAAAGGAUAAUUGACAUGUUUUAUUUAGUUUUGUAUUGUAC